GGUUCAUUACCAGGCCCUCAUUUUUCCCUAACGAUUACUGCGCCGUCUGGGAUCAGUUAUGAGCCAACAUAUUCAGAUGAAGAAGGCGACCAUAUGCGUGAGGACGACACUGGCAAGAAGAGCUUCGACUUCACCGGUGAACUUAACCGUCUGAAUCAAGGUGGUGUGCGACUCAGCUUCGUAGAGCAGUUGGAAGAGGCUUUCAAGACACCGCAAGUAUUCCUUUCUGAUUCUGGCUCUGCGUCAGAGUCGCACGCAAUUUCCCCUGUCUCACUGGACUGGGAGCUCCCCGUGGAACCUAAGGCCAACCUCAAUCGAACUGGGGAGCUGAAUGGAGGCUUCCAGUUUGGCAAGCCAACAACGCCGUUAAACAUCACCGUUCCCCCAAUGAAGGGACUUCACUCUCGCACAAACACUGAGACGAGUAACUUAAGUGCUCACGAAAUUGAGCUUCUCGAAGAUUUGGAUGCUUCAAUUGGCCACAGUCGUGGAGAAUCCGUAAUGAGCAUUUCAUCUCUUGGAUCCAUUAUCGAUUCAGGUGUAUCUGAUCCGUUCGGAUACUGGGAUGAAAUAGCUGGUCCUCAAAUCCCAUUGCCCCCUGCUCCGUCGUUAGCUACCGACUUCUCUCUGAACGUUGAUGACUCCAAUCCCAGGGAGCGAAAGGCAAAGGGCAGAAAAUCGACGGAUUCUGAGAAAUCGCAAUUCUAUUUUCAGAGCAGGCCUCCUCCGCUGUCGUUACUGGUGCAGUGGCAGAAGGUUUAA